AUGAGCACUAAGCCUGAUGUGAUUCGGAAGUGUUUGUGGCCUGCAUGCCUUGUGGGUCUGCUCAUCACUGGCAUCCUCUCUCUGGACUGUAACUUGCUGCAUUUCCACCUGAGGAAAGUCACCUGGCAAAACCUGAGACUUCUGAGCAGUACGAGCAGCUCCUUUCCUGCAGAGUGCCUGAGCGAAAUCAAAGCGUUUGAGUUGCCCCAAGAGAUCCUGUCACACACCCAGCCUGUGAAAAGGUACAUCAAGGAGGCCUUCUAUGAAAUGUCUAUACAGGCCUUCAACAUCUUCAGUCAGUACACCCUCAAAUCCACUUGGGAAAGCGACUAUCUGAAACAAAUCCAAAUCGGACUCGAUCAGCAGCUGCAGUACUUGGAACAAUGCCUGGAGGAAGAGGAGAAGGAAAAGGAAGACUCGAAAGAGAUGACAGAAGAUGGGAUGAACUGGUCAGGAGCUCUGGUCCCCCAGCUGAGCAGCCUAGAACUGAGGAGAUAUUUCAAUAGGAUAGACAACUUCCUGAAAGAAAAGAGAUACAGUCACUGUGCCUGGGAAAUCAUCCGAGCGGAAAUCAGAAGAUGUUUCUACUACUUUCAGAAAUUUGCAGCCCUACUCAGGAAGAAAUAAGGUAUAUUUUUUAGAAUUAAAAUCCCCUUUCUCUCCAUGAUCUCCCUCUCCUUUAUC